UGUUAACCUUAAAGCAGACGAAACAAAAAAAGCCCCUAAGUUUACAAUUUUCACUCUUUCAAGAUGGAUGGAAGCAGCGGUGGAGAUGAGUUCGCAGUGGGAUGUUUAUUAUCGAUAAAAACAACAUUUGGAGACGAAUUCGAAGGUCAAAUCAUAACCUACGAUCGCCCUUCAAACAUUCUUGUUCUUCAAGAAGGUUUGAAAUCAAACCCACAAUCACGCCGCAACAUUAGGUUACUCAAAGCUAAUUACAUCAAAGAGUUUUCCUUUUUGGGUCAAUCUGAAGACCCACUUGAUCUCAAGAAAUGUUAUCUUGAUCUUCAUUCACUCCAAUCUAAAGAAGAUGCCGCUGUCAGGCAAGCAGAGAUAGACGUUGAAAGGAUCGGGGUUGGUGUAACUGCUGAGGCUCAGAGCAUCUUUGAUGCUUUGUCGAAAACGCUACCAGUUAGGUGGGACAAGACAGUGAUAGUGGUGAUGAAUGAGGUUCGUGUUAGCAGUCCAUAUCUAGCUGAAUCUGUUACUGGUGGAACUCCUGCUGCCAAUGAGCGCGUCAGGAAAGUGCUUGAGCUUGAAAGGAGGAGGUUGCAGACCCGGGGAGGCGGUCAAUGAAUAUGGGGAUAGAAAUUACAAGGUACCAAGUGCUGAAGUGCUGAGCAUUUUGAUGUGUGUCUUUGGUCAAAGUCAAAUUGGGUCUGAGUUGACCAAAAUUUUUAACUUUUACAAAAUGACUUAUGUCUUCUCUUUCAUCCUACCUAAUGUUUAUCGAGACUAAUUUUAUUUAUCGCUAGUUUGUAGCCUUGAAUAUGCAA